AUGUCACAACAACGACCAAAACCAUGGGAGGCCGCCAACGGAAAUGCUGCUUCGCCGAACGCAAAUAACGAUCCUUUACCAUUGCAUGAUUCAUUGGUGAGUGAUGUAAGGUCGACGCCAGAAGUGCCGCCAAAACCGUCGUCGGUACCUAGUUCAACAAACGAAUCUAAUACAUUAAAUGGGAGUGGCGGGUAUGGCAAUGGUGGUGGGUCAACUUAUACAUCAACAUACGGAUCAGGGUACAAUAACUAUGGGACCAGUUAUAGUGGAUAUGGUGGAUAUGGUGGAAUCGGUGGAUACAGUAGUGGAUUAGGUGGAUAUGGUGGAAUGGGUGGAUACAGUAGUGGAUUAGGUGGAUAUGGAGGCAUGAGUAGGUAUGGGAUGGGCGGAAUGGGUAGCUAUGGUGGUUAUGGUGGUAUGUACGGAAUGGGAGGAAUGGGAGUGGGCAUGAACGGUAUUAGUAGCCAGGGUCAAGGACAGGGUGGUAUGAUGGAUGCAACCGCAAGAACUUUCCAAGUUCUUGAAAAUGUUGUCUAUGCUGUAAGUGCACUUGCUGCUCUACUUGAAAGUACUUACUAUGCCACCCAUAACAGUUUUUUCACAAUACUCGGAGUUGCAGAUCAACUGGGUGGUGUAGGAGGUGCCAUAAAAAAUACAAUUUCAGGUGCCGUUGAUUCGACAAAACUCAUAGGAUCGGCGUCUUUUGUUGAUGGCACAAGUGGUAGUAAUUCUAAUAGGGGGCCUCUCGGAAUAUAUGCACUCCUGUCAUGGCUUAAACGUUUAAUAAAGAAAAUACUGGGCUUCUCGUCGAGUCCAUCAUCAAGAAAUGGUUCUCGCAACUUACUUGAGGAAUUUACAAACUGGAGAAGUGGAAUCCAGGCAGGAUCCACUAAUCCACAAAAUAAUGGAAAAAAUAAACUAAGCUUGAAACCACUGUUUGCAUUUCUGAUUGCCUUGGUUGGUAUGCCAGUUUUGAUGUCUAAAUUUGUUCGAUACAUUGAAAGACACCAGAGGGAGAAAAUAAAAGGAGCUGGUAUCAAUUUCAAUGGAAACAGCAGCCAGAAAAAUGCGGACGUAAAUACACCGAAUGGAAGGAUUGAUCCACGAUCAUUGGAGUUUGCAAGGGCAACUUAUGAUUACAUUCCUGAACGUGAGGAUGAGCAGGCGGGGGGUUGGAAAGAGUUGAAACUUUCACGUGGUGAUUUGGUGGCAAUUAUCAGUAAAGUUGACGGUUGGAGCCACUGCAGAUCUCGGGAUGGACGUGUUGGGUUUGUUCCUACUAAUUAUCUUGAAAUAAUCAAACGUCCCGAAAGGGGUAAACCUGUUACCAAGGAAAAAAAUGACGCCAAAACGGAGCAGCUGGUCAAGUAA